AUUUGGAACUUUCACUGAAAAACUAGUAAUUGUGCGCCCCCCCCCCUACAUCACAUCACAGCCAAUUUUAACGUCUCAGCUGAUUUGCUCAUCUAUCAAAGACAUAGAUUAAUCUUACACGCAAUAGCUUAGUAAUUUUUAUUUCCAUUAUAACGCUGAAGAUGAAUUGAAAAACUGUUUUUGUUAUUGACAUCUCUCCUUGACCAUAUUUGUGCGAGAGGCAGCUUACUAUAGCAAAAGAAUUUAAAAGCCUCAAAAGUGGAACAUUUCCAAAUUCUUUUAAUAUUUCACUGUUUGCAUAGGAAAAUAUUUUAAGAACAGCUUUAAAUUAGCUUAUUUAAAGCAAAACCUAACAUGGACGAACGAAAUUGCAGGCUUCAUUUAUUCAUUAAAGAGAGGGUAAAAUCGGAAAUACAGUGUAUUCCCGAUAUAACGAACCCCGGAUAUAACGAACUUCCCGGUAAAAGGAACUAAAUGUCUGGUCCCUUGGAUUCUGCCUAACAAGCUUCUUACAAAUUCUCUUGGUUUAACGAACCCCGGAAAUAACGAAUUCUCGGUUAAACAUACAUCGGCAAACAUACUAUUUUUAAGAUGUUGAAAAUGGAGAUGAAGUGCGUGCAAAAGUUGAGGUUCUUGUUAAAAAAAACCCAACACGCAGAAAGCCAAAUUACAACAGGAACGUAAUUUUUGAUGAACAAGAUUUUCAUUUUUGAUCACUGACCUUUAUAAUAUUUGAAUCCAGCUUGUUUGUUUUGAGUAAAAUGUGCACAGUAGUUGGGGAUCGCCUAAACAUUUCAACGAAGGCUUUUGGAUGCGUGCUCUGCGAAAAGAAUUCAAAAAAACUUUCUCCCGGUUAAACGAACUCCCGAUGUAAAGAACUAGUUUCUGGUUCCAUUCUGAGUUCGUUACAUUGGGAUUCCACUUUAUUACUACACAUAAUAAUUCACAACCUGCCUCGAAGUUUGUAUUUACCGUCUUUCUUCGGAAGGGGUUUAAAAAACUGUGUUGUAAUUGUUGACGUCACGACUGGCAGGAACAAGAACACUAGAUGCCACAAACGAGGUCACACUUGCCAAUACAAGAAGGAGGCAUUGUCAGUUAUGGUGGAUCCAAGUACCCUAUGGUAGACACGUAACAACAUAUCUCAACGUGACCUGUUCGGGCUGAUUCAAUGGAUAACAGGUAGGUUAUAAAUACCAAGCAAAAGCGCAAGGGAAAAAUGUCUUCACUAUAACGCGAACGGCAGGAUUGCGAUAACUUUGUUUGUAGAACGGUUAUUCUCUAUAUGAUUUUAUUUUGCCAGAAUGUAAAGCAAAUCCAAGCCAGGUUUAGCAGAUUGCAAACAGAAGUUACAUAAACAAGUUUCAAAGUCUGGAUUUAGACGACGAGUAAGUUGUUCAAUAAACUGCUAGGCAGUUGAAGAAUUAAGUGGAUGCUGUUGGCAGACAAUGAACCCCAACAAAAUAUUUCGCAUCUUUCUUGGUUAUGUAUCAUUUGUCAUCUUUGGUGGAGUUUUACUAAGUUUCAAGUUAUUAGCUGAUUUUUCAAAUUGUGAACAAAGUACCCCAAAUCAGGCAAUCCACCCUCAUGAAAUUGGAAGAGUGCACAUUGAUCCUUGGAAUGUCAAUGACCAUCCAGUUUCAUAUGCCCAUGGACAAGCUUAUAACAAAGAGAAAAGAGAUGCUGUUAGAUUCCAGCCACAGCCUUUAAUCAGCGCUAAUAAAGAGACAAAGAACAUUAUUCAAAUCAUGAAUGGCAAUGAAAAGGCUCAAGCACCUGGACCUGAUGCUAACAAUGAUAAUAAUAUUGUGUACAGCCCUCAUCAUCUUGCUGUCAUUGUUCCAUUCAGAGACAGGUUUGAAGAACUGCAAGAAUUUGUACCACAUAUGCACAGGUACUUGACUAGAAAAGGAAUCUCACACAAAAUAUAUAUUGUCAACCAAGCUGACAAACACAGGUUCAAUCGAGCAUCACUCAUAAACGUAGGGUUUCUGGUGGCCCGAAAUGAGUCAAAUGACUACAUUGUAAUGCAUGAUGUGGACUUGCUGCCAUUAAACAAUGACCUUAACUAUGGUUACCCAGACAAUGGUCCUUUCCAUAUUGCUGCCCCUCAUUUACACCCAAAGUAUCAUUACCCUAAAUUUGUUGGUGGCAUACUGGUGCUGUCUGUUGAACAGUUUGAGCAGGUUAAUGGUCUUUCAAACAAAUUUUGGGGUUGGGGACGUGAAGAUGACGAACUGUACAUGCGAAUGACAGAGGCAGGUUAUCAGAUCCAAAGACAUGGUAUGGAAAUUACCACUGGUUAUAAUACAUUCAGGCAUGAGCACGAUGCAGUAAAAAGGCCCAGGGAUUACAAAAGGCUGUUUGGACAGAAAAAGGCAUCUUUCAAAAGAGACCAUGAAACUGGUUUUCAUAAUGUAGAAUUUAAAAUAGCUAAAAGAUAUGAAUUGACGAUUGACAGUAGUCCGUGUACCAUAUUAAAUGUAGUGUUGUUUUGUGACAAAAUAGCGACACCGUGGUGUGACUUUCCAAGCAAACACCAUCGAUAGUAAAAGCUAUAUAUAUGUAGCCUGUUUUAUUAAUACUGCUCUUUAGGGGCAGCCGUGGCUUAGGAGAGUCCCGGGUAAUAUUAAUUCAGUGGGAUAUUUUUUAGCGUAGAGACUUAAAUUAUUUGCAAGAUUGUACAGAAAAUAUACGUUGUAUAGAUAUUAUAUUGUAUUUGUCCUUUAAAAAAGUAAUGCAGAUGACAUAAUGAAUGCAUUCAACGUUGGAUAAUUCGAACUACCGCAGGAAAGAAAUUACAGAUAUUUUGCAGAUCUUAAGUUGGCCUACACAGGGGCUAUAUUCAAGGGAAACAAUUUCUGGUUAAAAGAAAAGGAAAUCUAAUUGCUGGAUUUUGGUAAAAUUGACUCAGAAGGAAGAAAAGCAUUCACCCCUUUGUCCAUCAUACAGUGACAGUAAUUGCAUUGGAUAUGUUUAAAAGUUUUUUAUACUUUACAAGCCAGAAAGGUGGUAGUUUUGCAAGUAUUCCAAUGACUUUAACAUAAGCAGCUCAAGGCUUUUGUCAUUGAAAGAUCGAUUCUGUUUCAAGAUUUCUCUGAUUAUUUUGAAGAUAGGCCAAUCCCCUUUUUCAACUUAGGCCUGCCGAAUAAAAGUUUUCGUUUUGCAAAUAAACACAAAAUAUUUUAUUACUGGCGGAUUUUUAAACUGAAAGUUGACAGUUUUCGCUUUUUAGAACUACAGGUUUCCUUUAAAAAUGAACUGAGCGUUAGGUGAAAUUAAUGAAAAUGAUAUAUGUAUAUGUAUUUAGAUAAAGAAAGCAAUUUUUUUAAUUGAUGAAUUUAGAUGAAGAGUUCUUGCAUUGGCUUAGCUUAAAGUAUUUUGCUACUAGCUCAAUUUUUUGUCUCCUUUCUACAAACGAUGGCCCUAGAAACACAAGAGCAAUUUUCAACGACCUUAGUGCUUGGCAAAUCGAUUGUUCAUUAUUAGAUGAAUAAUUUGGCAUGAACUUUGAUUGCUUCAUCUUUCCAUUCUACUUAAAUAAUGCUUAGGCACAGAAAAGGAUUUGUCUGCCUGCUUGUGUGUUUGUCAACAAUUGUUUAUUUAUUUGCUACACAUUCAUGUCUGAACGAAAGAUUUGUUUGCUACUUUUUGCUAGUCAAGCACUACAGGGGUUAGUCUAUCUAGAUAGCCUUUGUCUUGCUAUCUAUUUUUGCAAUUACUUUAAUUUGACACAUUCUUUACCAUUCACAUCAUUCUAAAUCUAAAUAUGAGUUUAUACAGUAUUAGCAACGUCUUGAACCCUCUACCUUAAUGGUUAUUAAAUGGUCAUGUUUGCAAGAGCAGUACUGGGUUCUCAUUUCCAAUGCUCAUUGCUAUCCAAUACUGGAUAUGAAGAACAAAUUUGCUGAAACUGUGGCACAUUUAGGAGUUAAGGUUGCUGGCGACUAAAAGGAUCCAUAUGAAAAAAUAGGAAUUACAAUUGAAGUAAGAAAUAAUAGUUCAAGUUAUAGGGGUAUCAAAUCAUCCAUAAUAAGAUUUCUCCUGUGAUAUUUU